UGUGUCCCUCAUUUCCAUGGAGAAGGCAAUUUGGGAUGCACACUACGUUCGCUUUUUUUGCGACAUUUGUAUGGAGGAAGUCAAUGCAAACAAUAGGGAUGGAGGUUGUUUGAGUAGGAAGGGGUACAAGAAUCUUGAGGAUAAAUUUGCCGAGAAAACGGGAAAAAGGUUAACAAAGAAGCAAUUUAAGAACAAAUGGGAUUCGUUAAAAAAGGAAUACACCGGUUGGAUGGAGUUGCUAAAUGCAACCGGGCUAGGUUGGGAUUCGGAAACAAAAACUAUGGAUGCAGAUAAUGAUUGGUGGCAGACUCACCUACAAUAUCGUCCUGAGCAUGUCAAGUUCAGAUAUGGACCACCCGCCAACUUGACACAACUUGAUGUCAUGUUUAAUAAGGCUCAUGUCACCGGAGAAUCUUCGGCCAUCCCGGGGGAAGAGGAAAUGGGAGCGGACAAGGAAGCUGCAAUUCCAGUGGAUGAUGACGAUGAUGCGUCCAAAAAAACACCAAACUUCGUGAAGCGCCUCAAGUUUAGUGGUGGAGAGAAGGAGAAAGAGAGCCCCUUUUACAGGGACUACAAAACAGCCUUGACUAGCCUUGUUUCAUUUGGAAGGGGGGAUGCUGGAGGUUCAAGCGGCAUGGGUGACUCUGUCCCAACAAUGAAGGAGUUUCUAUCUAUGGUUCGAGAGUGUGGAAUCAAAGAAGGCACUGACCUCAUGUUCACAGCUAGUAAGCUAGCAGUGAAAAGGGAGCAUAGAGAGUUGUUGGCGGCAUUUGAGACAUCUGAGGGGAGGCUUGACUAUCUUCAAAGGAUGCACAAUGAGAUGAACAAGUAGAACCAUAACUUGUACUAUUUAUUUGCU